GCGCGCGCGCACGCCACAGACAGACGCGGCCGGCCGGAGACCGCGCCACGCAUGCUCCUCCCCCGCCUGCUCCCCGCGCACCGCCUCCUCGCCGGCGGCCCCCGCCCCCUCCUCCUCCUCCCACGCCGCCGCCUCGCUCCCCGCCCGCCCGCCGCCGUCUCCAUGUCCUCCUCCUCCUCCGCGCCCGCCCGCCGCAGGGGCCCGCUGCGGGGCGUGGUGUUCGACAUGGACGGGACCCUGACGGUGCCCGUCAUCGACUUCCCGGCCAUGUACCGCGAGGUGCUCGGCGGGGAGGCGGCCUACGCCGCGGCGCGCGAGGCCGGCGGGGGCGCCGUCGACAUCCUCCACUGCAUCGAGGCCUGGGGCCCCGACGAGCAGCGCCGCGCCUACGAGGCCAUCGCCCGGUUCGAGCGCGACGGCCUCGACCGCCUCCAGAUCAUGCCCGGGGCCGCGGAGCUCUGCGGGUUCCUCGACGCGAGGCAGAUCAGGAGGGGUUUAAUCACCCGCAAUGUGAAGGGCGCAGUUGAUUUGUUUCACCAAAGGUUUGGUAUGACAUUUGUGCCUGCAUUAAGCAGAGAAUUCCGUCCCUAUAAGCCAGAUCCAGCUCCAUUGCUUCAUAUUUGCUCCACUUGGGACAUUCCACCAACCGAGGUGAUCAUGGUUGGUGACAGCCUCAAGGAUGACAUCGUUUGUGGAAAGAGAGCAGGAGCAUUCACUUGCCUACUUGACGAAACAGGGCGAUACGCCCCCCACGAUUCUUUGCCUGAAGAUGUUAAGCCUGACUUCAUGGUGUCUUCACUCCCCCAAGUACUGUCGGUGCUGCAGGAGCAUUUCGAUUUGGCUCCAGUGUCUGUCGCCGAGAGUAGAAUAUGACAGGAAACGUCCUACACCUUCAAUGUAAUAUUGGUAUAUGUCGAGCUGUAUCGAUCAGUUUAUCCAUACCCUCCAAAAAUAUGACUGCUAGAAAGAAAUUUGUUUUCAGUUCUGACUGUGAUGCAGCUUCAAGCAUGGUGUCAAUUACGGAUGCAUCAUGCUCCGAGGAAUUAUGGCCGUGAAAUUCGCCUGUCA